GCACUACUGCCCGUGUGCGUGGUAGCGAGAUGCUGGGGCCUGCUCCCCAGAGCCUUCGGAGCAGAUUGCGGACCUCACGAGCCCCAUGUUGCUGGCCCCCCAGAACCCAGAACAUGGCACAUGGGGCGCAGGCCAACCCCAAAGGGUUCAGGAAGAAGGUGCUGGUUAGAUACCCCUCUGGGUGGAGGGGCCCAAGUCUCAGGGCCUCUUCUCCUUCAAGAACCUCCAGAUCCAGCCUGGGUGUGAAGAAGUUCUUCACCAUCGCCAUCCUGGCGGGCAGCGUCCUGCCCGCGGCCCACAGCAGCCUGCUCAACCUGAAGUCCAUGGUGGAAGCCGUCACGGGCAGAAACGCCAUCCUGUUCUUCGUGGGCUACGGCUGCUACUGCGGGCUGGGGGGGCGCGGCCUGCCCAUGGAUGAGGUGGACUGGUGCUGCCACGCCCACGACUGCUGCUACCAGAAGCUCUUUGAACAGGGCUGCCACACCUAUACGGACCACUACGAAUACACCAUCGAGAAUAACACCACGAUUGUCUGCAGCGAGCUCAACGAGACAGAGUGUGACAAGCAGACGUGCGAGUGCGACAGGAGCGUGGUUCUGUGCCUCCAGAGCCAGACAUACAACGAGCAGCAUCGCAACUACCUCAACAUCUACUGCCAGGGCCCCAAGCCCAACUGCAGCAUCUAUGAACCGCCCCUGGAGGAGGUGGCCUGAAGACAUGUCUCCCCCGAGCCCUCUGCACCUCCCUAGCGCCCUCUGGGGUCUGACAGAGAGGAGGGGUGGAGGUUCUGGCUCUGAGGACCAGAGGGAUGGAGCAGGCAGGGGUGGGGGCAGAUCAGGAGCCCACGGGCUGCCCCGCUGCCUCGACCCCACCCUCUAGCAAGACCAGCCCCCAGAGGACUCAGGAAGGCCUGGGUGCUGACCGUG